AUGGCAACAUUCACCAUGAAGUUCUUCAUGCCUCUGGCUAGCUUGCUGGCAGUAAUGACACCGACUCUUAGCCGAGUAAUAAUCGGCGGGCACGAGUCCACACCAAACAGCCGACCCUACCAGGUGGCCCUCUAUGGUUCCAGAAGUGCCAGCUGGCAGUUUUGCGGUGGUACCCUUGUCCACAAACGAUGGGUCGUAUCAGCCGGCCACUGCAAGUCGGGCAGAUAUGUCUUCGUAGGUUUGGGCCUCCACGAUAAGUACAACCACAGUGCAGCUGGCCAGCAGAUAAUCAAGGGUAAAUGGCAUCGUCAUCGUGGCUACAGUGGCGGCACUCUUGAUAACGACAUCUCCUUGAUCGAACUGAGCAAAGACGCCGACAUUGGCAACGGUAAGAUCGAAGCCAUUGACAUUACCAACAAACGACCUGCUAAAGGAACGAACCUGCUCGUGAGUGGAUGGGGAACAACAUCAAGUGGAGGGUCAAGUUCAAGAGUUCUGAUGGAAGUGAUGGUUAACGCAACCUCCAUGCUGGCUUGCAGAAAGGCGUACGGAUCCCCAUCGAUUACAGACAACAUGUUUUGCGCAGCUGCGUCUGGAAAAGACUUCUGCCAGGGUGACGAAGGUGGCCCAAUUGUCAGCGGCUACGGAGAUGGCACCCACGACCCCGGCACCACUCUGGAGGGCAUUGUCAGCUGGGGUUACGGCUGCGCUCAUGCUAAAUAUCCGGGUGUUUUCACUACCGUCGGCAACUACUGUGACUGGAUCGCAGAGACUUCUGGCGAUGCCGUCAAGUGUUCUAGUUAGGGACCCGCCAGCAGCCGAGGUUUUAUGCAUGCCCCCGAUUGAUAAGACUGAGAUUUAAGGGAAACACUGGUUUGGGUUCUCUCGGCAAUCGACUACCGUCGUUAGCAAAUAAAAUUGUCAGAGUUGAAAUAAGACAUGGAAAUGAGCUAUCGUCAAGGCAAUUAUGAAACAAAUACAUAAAACGUACACUAAAGAAGUAUACUUUACACGC